AUGUUGUUUCUGCGGACGGUUUUCAACAGCUCUGUCAUCGUUCAUCCUCCAGGCUUCUACAUCAUCGGAUUUCAGUCUUUUCCAUCUGUGAACAUCUACUUCAUCUUUAUAGCGAUUGUUUAUGUAGUCACAGUACUGUUUAAUGGUUUACUGAUUAUUGUUGUGGUCAUUAAUCGAUCCUUACACACUCCAAAAUUUCUGGCUGUCAGCAACCUUGCAGUGAUUGAUAUAUGCCUCAACACUUGCACCAUUCCUGGUAUGAUCAAAAUAUUUUUGGUUCAGGAUAAUUUUAUCCCAUUCAACUUGUGUUUGGUGCAGAUGUUUUUUUAUUAUAUCUUUGCAACGUCAGAGUGCUAUGCACUCACUAUUCUGGCCUAUGACCGUCUGGUUGCCAUUUGCUUCCCUUUGCGCCACAACUCCAUCAACACAGUGCGAAGCAUGUGCUGCAUCAUGAGCAUCACCUGGUGUUUGGUUUUAGGAAGCAUCACCUAUUCGACAAGUAUAAUGACAAAUCUGUCAUUCUGCAACUCUGUCAGAGUGUUUAGCUAUUUCUGUGAUUAUGCGCCGGUGUUCAGGCUCGCCUGUAAUGAUAACUCCAUGCAGUGGUCAGUGGGUUCUUUUCUCAGCAUCGUGAAUCUCGCGGUGCCAUUCAGUUUCAUAGUUCUGUCUUACGUCAGCAUCCUGGUGACUGUGUUCAGGAUGAAGACAUUAGACCGCCGCCUAAAAGCUUUGGCUACUUGUGUUGAACAUAUCAUUAUUGUUGCUAUCUUUUUCAUUCCUAUUCUUGUUAUUUUUACAAUCGGCUUCUAUUUGGGGGCGAUCCCUCCAGAUCAGAGAGUCCUGAGUCUGUCAAUGGCUUCUUGUCUUCCACCUUGCAUCAAUCCUAUUGUAUAUUCUUUGAAAACUAAAGAGAUAAAAACUCGAGCACUGGCACUGGUUAGAAAAAAUAAACCAAUUGGGUUAAAACAAUGAAGUAAUCAAUCAUUUUUGAUUGAAAUUGAAAUGUUUAUAUCUGAUCUAUUUAGAUGUUUUGUUUUUUCUAAAGAUUAGUGACACAUUUGAAACUUUAACACCUUGUUCCUCAGUGUUUGAGUUGAGGAGGAAAUCUUCAUGGGCUGGCUGUACUUCUUUUUUUUCCUUUUUUGUGAUUUUAGAUGUGCUUCACAUUGUUUAUCACACUGCGUGCACUCUAAAUGCAUAAAAUGUGUGUCUGAAAGAGAAAAUGGGGAUUCUGUUAACUUGUCUUAAACCGUUAGAAUUACGUUGCAUUUCAUAGUUCAUGGAGAAUCACUUUAAAUAAAGAUAAUUUGUUUUUUGCCCCAAAUUAUAAAACUGGAUUAUGAUUUGUCUGUUAUAACUUAAACUAAAGCAAUUCACACAAAUGUUCUCAUUCAAUUUAAACCCUCAUUGUUAAUUGUAAACUUUAUUGUGUCAUU